AUGAACCUUUUCCUCCUAUUCCUAGCCACGCUAGCCACGCUAGCCACAGCGGCUUUUUCGCCCUUUGACUCGCCAGACUUUUGUCUGCAAAUCAUCACACCCACGUGUAACACGACAUUUUCCUAUAUUGAUGCUGUCAACGCCCAGCUCAGGGACCUGGUGGUCGACUUGAUCCUGAAACCGUUUUUCCGGUUUUUUAAGCUUGACUUGGACAAGCAGUGUAAGUUCUGGAAUGCUCAGCAUUUCUGUGCCACGCGCAACUGUGCCGUGGAGGUGUUGCUGCCGGAGCAGUUCAACUGGCUGGAUAUUCCAGACGAUCUUUCGCCUUCGAAACUAGGAGAGAUUCUGAGAGCUUCUAGUGCCCACGACGAGGCCGACACGUGCGAGGAUUUGGAUUAUUGUCAUAUUGACGACGACCACAACUGCGUUUUUGUCGAUUUGAAGGAGAACCCAGAGAGAUUCACCGGAUACGGCGGUGCCCAGUCUUUUGAUGUUUGGAAGGCCAUCUACUCUGAAAACUGCUUCCCAAACACAAACCCCAUGUCGAUGCUGCCGGACUCCGAGCCCGAGCAGUGUGUGGAGAAGAACUUGUUCUACAGGUUGAUCUCGGGCAUGCACGCCUCCAUUGCUGUGCACUUGUCCAACGAGUACUUGGACGCCGAAACCGAGGAGUUCCACCCUAAUUUGAAGGUUUUCAUGGAGAGAGUGGGCAAGUUCAACGACAGACUCUCCAACAUCUACUUCAACUACGCGUUGGUGUCUCAGGCCAUCGUCAAAUUGUCUGAAAUCGUGUCUCUUCCCACCUACAUCAAAGAGAACCACGAGUCCACCAGCAGCGACGAGAGCCAGUUGCGUACGAACGAGGACGUUAGUCCUGCCGUUUACGCCGAGCUUCUUUCCAACAUCAACAGUACCUUGAAGCUCCCCGACCUCAAGAACGAGUUCCGCUCUCGUUUCAGAAACGUGUCUGCCAUCAUGGACUGCGUCGGAUGUGACCGUUGCAGAAUGUGGGGCAAGCUCCAGACGAUCGGUUACGGUACUGCCCUCAAGGUGCUUUUCGAGUCCGAGGACCCUAAUACUCAGCACUUGUUGAAGUUCCGCCGGAUCGAGUUGGUGGCGCUUUUCAACACGUUUGACCGUCUUUCCAAGUCUGUCGAGGCCAUCAACAACUUCAAGUCCAUGUACCUUCAACACUUGGAGGAUGUGGCUGCUGGUAAGGUGAAGCACGGUGACUACGAGCCUUUGCACGACAAGGGUAUCGAAUUCCCAUUUGUGGCUUUCCUGCCUGUGACCAAGAAGGAGCCAUCCAAGGAGGCCUUGAAGGAGGCCUCUCAGGUGUUUGCUAAGGACAACUUUGAUGAAGGCAAAAUUGUCAACGUCAAGGGCCGCACUCAGGGCUUCUGGGAAGAACUCGAGGACGUCAAGGCCGCUCUCUGGUUUAUCUGGGACAUUUACUACCAAUUCCCAAGAAGGGUCUUCGAGUACGUGUUGUACUAUGCCAACGGCUGGUGGAAUGUGUACGUGGGACGUGCUAUUUACGUUCCACAGGGCAAGACCAACAUCAAUGACGAGUUGUAA